AUGAUAGUGCAUAUAACCGAUCCUGGUCCGAAACCGGUGCAGAUAUUUUGCUCUUGGCAAUUACGUAGUUUAGCUGUAGAAGCUGGGGUUGUCUAUCACGGACGUCCGCUGAGGUUGGUGGGUGAAGGUGAGCCACCUGGGGCCAAGGAUGGACAGGUUGUAGUUAUAUGUUCUGGCUCCGCUCAGCUCCGGGUUAUAGCCGUCCCUGGCUCAAUCCUGCAACUCUCCCCUGGAUCGCAAAUCGUUAACAAUAGCACACAGAAAGAAACGAUAGCGUAG